AUGUCUACCGUUACCUAUGCAUCAUUUAAUUCAGUAACAACUCUGAAAGAUAUUCAGCAUAUAUUUAAAAAACAAGCUAAAAGCAUUUUUCCUCCUUUUCAAUCGUAUCCAACAGGUUUACAAUAUUUUAAUAUGCGUGUUACUCAACGUCUUCGUCGUUAUCGUUCAAUCAAAACACAAAGGCAUGAAGUAUCAACAUCAGUUCAAAAUAUUUCUGCUUUAUCAACAACAUGUGAAUCUCCAAUGUCGUUGCCAGACAUAUUUACAAUCACACAAGAUCUAGUAAAAAGUUCAACUGUUUCAACACAAAAAUUAGCUAGUGAACCAAAAUCUUAUUGUAUUAAUGAUUAUAUUAAUGCUAUAACAAUAGCAAAAGAUAAUAAUAAUAAAAAUUCAAUAGAUCUUGAUCCAUUAAAUUCAAGAAUUCAACAAGACUUAAUUAAAUUAAGAAAAUUAAUUAAAGCAUCAAUACGUACGGCAUUUGACGAACCAGAACAUAGCAAAACAACGAAAAUUAGACGACCAUUUUCAAUAGAUAAACUUAAACCACUUGAUCAUGUCAAAAUAUCGGGUUCUCAAUUACAACAUUCAAUACUUCCAAAAGGUGAUUCGACUGACAGUGGUGUCGGUAGUACCAGUAAUUCAUCAAGUACUUGUUCACAAUAUUCAAAAGAAAAACAACAACAGAAAAAACUUAAACCAAAAAAUAACAAUAAAUUAUUUAACAUUCGUUAUAGUAAAUCAAAACCUCCUCCUCCUCCUCCUCUUCGUCCGUCUGAUUCACUUACUUAUCGUGCAUCGCAGCUAUCAAUGAAAACGUCAAGAACAUCAUCUAAAACAACUCAAAAUAUACUCUCAAAACAAUCUCUCUCUUCUUGUCUACAGAUACCUAUACCACAAGUACCACCUGUAGUAACAAAAACUCAACCUAAUUUUAUUGAACAAGAAACUUCAUCCCCAGCUAUUCAAGAUUUAUCUGAUAGUGAAGAAAUAGCAACACGUUGUUAUACAUAUGCAGCAUCAACUUCAUCAACAACUCCACAUUCAAUGAUGCUCAAACGAAAUACAUCACUUUUACCAAUUCUUUUACAAUCAAGUUCUUGUAUAGGAAUUCAAACACGACAAGAUCGACCAAAAAAAAUGGAAUCUGAUCUAGAAGAAGAGCAGGAAGAAAAUGAUAAUAAUAAUGAUGAUGAUGAUGAUGAGGAGGAGGAGGAGCAGGAGGAGGAGGAGGAGGACGAAGAGGAGGAUGAUAGUUAUUAUCAUUUACUUGAUUAUAAACAUUUAAUAAAUUGUUUACCAAAACCAAUUGUAUCCAUUCGAUCACAUUAUGGACAAGAUGAUUAUGGAAUUUUAUUUGAACAAUUAGAUCAUAUACGGGAGACAAUGCCCGAUUCGAAUAUUUAUAAUGACUAUGCAAGAAACGUUUAA